AUGGAGAAUUUGAGCUUGUUGGAGUUCCUAAUUAUCACCUUAAACUGUAAUGUGACCAUCAUGGGAAUGCUCUGGCUGAUCGUGGCAGUCUUGCUGAGGAUACUGGUGGUGAUCUUGGCAGGGUCACCUAUCUACCAGGACGAACAGGAGAAGUUUGUUUGCAACACCCUGCAGCCAGGAUGUGCCAACGUUUGCUACGAUCUCUUCUCCCCAGUGUCGCCGCUGCGGUUCUGGCUGGUGCAGAGCCUGGCGCUGCUCCUGCCUUCUGUGAUCUUUGGCGCCUUUGUCCUGCAUCAAGGGGCGAAGUUGGCUGCCCAGGGAGCCUGCAGGGCCCGGGUGCCCGACCUGUCAGCCGCCUACCUGGUACACCUGCUGCUGCGCACCUUGCUGGAGGCUGGGCUGGCUUCCCUGCACUAUUUUUUCUUCGGCUUUUCUGUGCCCACCCGAGUGUCUUGCUCGCGUGUGCCCUGCUCAGGGGCUGUGGACUGCUACGUGUCGCGGCCCACAGAGAAGACCCUCCUGAUGCUGUUCUUUUGGGCAGUGAGUGCGCUAUCCUUCCUGCUCAGCUUGGCCGACCUGCUUUGCAGCUUGCCGAGGAGGACAGGGGACACCACGCAAUGCACGAAGGGAGAGGCCAGACUGGUCCCCACUCCUCCCCCUGGCUUCUUAAAAGACCCUCAGGGCCAUCAUAGCCAGCGGCAGGUGGACCAGGAGCACAGGCAGGAGGAGCAGGGUGUGCCUGAAUUGGCCUGCCUAUGGACUUCAGGUCAGGACAGCAACAGACGGGUUAGUCAGGCCAAUGUGUCAGGGCGAGAGGAGUAUGCAGACCAAGAUGUUAGUGAGGCCACUUCCUCAGCUGGUGACAGGUUAGUUGUGGCUCACACACAGCAUGAGUUCAUAUCCCACAGAGAGACUUCCCCUGACCUGGUGGGCAAAAACUCACGGUCAGAUAAACUCUCCUUGGCCACCCAGAGCCCCCUGGCCAGACCCUGUUCAGCCAGCCAGCCUCAAGCUCCUGGUCGGCUAGCUACCUCUGGUAGUGUCCCCCACCUGAGAACCAAAAAAUCUGAGUGGGUAUGAAGGCAGCCAUGC